AUGAAUCAUCCUGCAGAUUUUGAUGACCUCCUCCGCAAUGCAGGACGGGUGGCCUCCGGCCGUGCCGUCAGCAUCCAAUUCGUCGAUGCAUAA